GCGGCUCUCUCGGCGAGCGCCGCCAUGGCUCUGUCAGGCACCAAAUCCACCCAGGAAACGUCCACGCUGGAGCGGCGAAGCAGCUUCGGCAGUGUGAAACCUCGACUGACUCAUAGCAGAGAGCUAGAAAUGAAGACGACUCUUCAAGAACUGCUGAUCUACAUUAUUUUUCUAACUGACUUAUGUAUAUUGACGUUUGGGAUGGUGAGCACAGAUAUGUAUUACCUAAACAGAGUAAUGGCCAACCUCUUUUUGGAAACCCCUUUGUCAGCGGAUGAUACAACAAUCUUCAAAACUAUGGGCAGCAUUACUGACUUUUGGAAGUUUUUAGAAGGCCCACUUGUGAAUGGGCUUUAUUGGAAAACCUGGUAUAAUGAAAAUGCCACGACUAGCUACAGAAACAGUAGCCACAUCUACUAUGAGAACUUACUCCUGGGAGUAGCUCAGAUCCGGCAGUUGAAAAUCCGUAACAACACUUGCUCCAUCUAUCCUUCUUUUCGGGCAUUUAUGAGAGAAUGCUACGGGCAGUAUCGCUACACACAUGAAGAUAGAGAAAGCUUUGGCUUUAAAAAUAGUUCCGCGUGGCAUUACUCCACUUCUUCUACUCUAGCUCCAUGGCAUUGGGGCCUUAUUGGUCUAUAUAGUACUGGAGGAUUUAUGUUCACCUUGAGCAAAUCAAAGGAACAAAGUUUACAGACACUGGCCUUCCUCAAGGAACACAGCUGGAUCACCCGAGGAACAAGGGUUGUCUUCAUUGAUUUUUCAAUGUAUAAUGCUAAUGUUAACCUUUUUUGUAUAGUCAGGCUGACUAUGGAAUUUCCUGCAACAGGUGGUGUAAUCCCUUCUUGGCAGUUCCAUUCUGUAAAACUUCUCAGAUACGUCACGUAUUAUGAUUAUUUUCUAGCCUCCUGUGAAGUCAUCUUCUGUCUUUUCAUCUUCACAUUCCUUAUUCAAGAAUUUAUAAAAAUGAAGAAACUGAAAGGAGAUUAUUUUAGAGAUGCUUGGAAUUGGUUGGAUAUGUUACUGCUCCUGUUGUCUGUUUUUGCUAUUGCUUUCAAUGUUUACCGAACGGUUGAGGUAUCCAGACUUAUGGAAAAUCUGCUCUCCAAUUCAGAUUCUUAUCCAGACUUUUAUUUCCUUGGAUUUUGGCAGACCCGUUACAAUAAUAUGAUUUCAGUGAACGUCUUCUUUGCGUGGAUAAAGAUAUUUAAAUACAUAAGUUUUAACAAGACAAUGACUCAGCUGUCUUCUACUCUGUCCCGCUGUGCUAAAGACAUCAUAGGAUUUGCCAUCAUGUUCUUUAUCAUCUUCUUUGCAUACGCACAGCUGGGCUACCUGGUUUUUGGGUCACAAGUGGAUGAAUUUUCCACUUUUCAGAAUUGCAUUUUUACCCAGUUUCGUAUUGUACUUGGAGAUUUUAAUUUUGCUGACAUAGAACAUGCAAAUCGAAUUCUUGGACCAAUUUACUUCAUCACAUUUGUAUUCUUUGUAUUCUUCGUAUUGCUGAACAUGUUCUUGGCAAUCAUUAACGACACAUACUCUGAAGUGAAAGCUGACUUUUCAGUGAUUCCGAGCAGAGAAUUUGAGAUCAGUGAUCUUAUUAAACAGGGUUACAAUAAAGCUUUAGUCAAACUCAGACUGAAGAGACAGGCAUCACAGACGGAAGACUUAUAUGGAGUAGCCAAUUUGAAAAGGGCAGGACAGUCCAUCUCUAGAAUGGAUACAAGUAGGAAUGUCUCCAGAAUUGGUGGUUUGGACAAGGAUGCUGUCAGGAGGCAGAUUUCCUCAGGAGCUUAUGACACCAUUUCUGCGAGGGACUUUCAGAGACUUUCUAGAUAUACGGAAGAUUUGGAGAGACAACUGAAGGAUGUGAAUUAUAGGCUGGACACAAUUAUGAAAACUCUCCCUGCAGCUGAAUACCAGCAGAGAAAUUAAAAUAGUAAGAGGAGACCACUGAGAGAAGUCAUCAGUCAGUUCCAGGUGCAAUAACAUCCAUACAAUUAUGAUACUCAGCUGGGUACUGCCAGGGAUGCUACAGAAGCCUUGACCUGAUACCUGUAGGCUACUGAAGCCUAAAAAGGAUAAAAUAAGAUCAAAUUAAAUCAAAAUAAGAUGGAGUUGCUGAUUGUCCAAAAUCUCUCUGGUUCAUAACUCUGGAUGGGGUGGCACUCCUCAUGAAAAGAGCACAACCAGGACUUAGGUGCCCUCCUGUACUUACAGCUGCUGCUAAUGUCUGGGUGGGUGCAGGCUGCGUUCAAGAGGGAUGAGACAGCAUGGUGAUAACCAAGACCUUCAUCACCACCUGAAAGUACUACUGCAGUGUGCUCUGUUGCAGGGCUAGAUUUGAGGACUAUUAAGAAACUACUAUUGGUGUAAAAUGCAGCUGUCCGCUAUAGCUACAGUGGGGCAAAAACGUAUU